UUUGGAGUCAUACAAUAACCGGCGCUCGGUACGAGACAUUCUGGAAGUUCGGCUCGAAACUGUAAUUGCUCAUGUUAUAAAAUUCUAUUCCGACUAGCACCACUCAUUUACCAUAUAUCGAUGAUAAGUUCAGGCGAGAAUAAGGAGAGGUGCUAGAUUUAGCCGGACAUUCAAGCUAGAAUCAACUCUGGGCGCACUACAGGAACCCCGAAACUUUCUGCGCCUGAAGUUUCCUCACUUCACUCGAAGAAAAUGACAUUUCAGUCAACAUUUACCGAAUGAGAAUACUAUGUUAUCCUGCCAGCUGGUUGAAAACAGGUGUUAUGGGUAGUAGCUUGGCGAUAUUUGAUUCCAGAGUGUUAAUUGAGGACGUCGUUUCGGUACUAAAGUGUCUUAUAAUAAGAGUGCUCUUGUUCGCUACCCCGGAUUCAACGUUGAGUUAGAUCCUUCUGUCAGAGAUGACUGUCGUUAUUUGAAAUGUCCUUCAAUGCAGAAACAUCAUAUGUUGGAUAACUUUUACUCUUCGCUGUCAAAUGAGGCUGUUAGAUGUAACGUAGCCACGUCAAAUAACAAGUAUCCAUCUUGUAGUAAAAAAGAAGCAACUGAGACCGUUAUAAUACUUUCCGGUUCAGAGUCUGGUGAGACCGAUUCCGACAGUUCAGGAGACGAAGAAAUUGCAAAUAAAAGUGGAGUUCGUCCUACUGAAAAUUCUUCCUUGGUCAAUGAACCCGAACAAGGAACAACUACACCGUCUCAUCCGCUGACGGUUGAAAGUGAUUCUCCUAAUGAAAGCGCUGACCAGUCAUCUGUUUCAACAGUGUCAGCUUCAAAGCGUCCAUGUUUGGAAGCGUUUAGUGUUGGUGUCCAGCCUUACAGGCCAUAUGAAAAUCUUCCUGAUGUGCACGGAGGCUAUCAACGUGUGCUCAAAUCUCUUAAAAAAUCACGUGAGUGUCUUAGUGCCCAGAGCAAUGGAUCGGGCUUAGUAAAUUUAUCAGAUACUGGCCCUGGAACACCGUCUGUUCAACGUGAUCGUAACAAUAGUAGUUAUUACUCUCGGUAG